GAGUGUGGGGAGUGUGGAAUGAGGUUCAGAUCCAGCUCUGACCGGAUCCGCCACCAAAUGAUUCACACUGGGGAACGGCCUUACAAGUGUGGGCAAUGUGGGAAGAGCUUCAUGACGAGCUUCAGUCUGAUCCAGCACCAGGUGAUCCACACUGGGGAACAAGCCUAUGUGUGUGGGGAAUGUGGGAAGAAGUUCAGUUGGAGCUCUGGCCUGAUCAGGCACCAGAGGAGCCACACUGGGGAACGGCCCUAUGAGUGUGAUCAAUGCAGGAAGAGGUUUCCGACCAGCUCCAAUCUCCUCCUGCACCAGCGCACGCAUACAGAGGAGAGGCCCUUCCGCUGCCCCGACUGCGGGCAGGGCUUCAGGCAGAAUAUCAAUCUUGUCAGGCACCGACGCAUCCACACUGGGGAAAGACCACAUGAGUGUGAGGAUUGUGGAAAGAGCUUCAGCCGGAGCUCCCACCUGAUCAGGCACCAGAGGACCCACACUGGGGAACGGCCCCACGAGUGUGGGGAGUGUGGGAAGAGCUUCACCUUGCGCUCUAGCCUGAUCUGUCACCAGCGCAUACACACUGGGGAGCGGCCCUACAAGUGUGAGGAAUGUGGGAAGGGCUUCACCCAGCACUCUAACCUGAUCUACCACCAGCGCAGCCACACUGGGGAGAGGCCCUAUGAGUGUCCCAAGUGUGGGAAGAGNGGAGGGAGGGAAGG